CAUCUUUAAGGAACCGCCAUCAUGCUUCAUUUAUUUUUUUAUUCUUUUGUUUGCAUAUAUCAAAUGUCACUCACCUAAUCCGAAUACCACCGGAUUAGCUUCCCAGGUGCUCACUGCUAACCAGAUUUACAUUUUAUUUUCCUUACAUGGAUUCUUCUUUAACUUUAUUUUCUGGAUUAUAGGGCAAUCGACUCAUUGGUAUCUUCACCCACAACUAACAAAUUUUGAAAUUUGCCAUGAAUUUAGAUUCUUCCUCUGUCUCACAAGAUGAAUAAAAUUUGAAAUAUUGAGAGAAAAAAAUAAUGAAAACUCAAGAAAUAUAAUUUAUAUUAACGUACUUUGUAUCAAAAAAGUAUUUUAAUUUAUUAUGAAUGUGAAUAAUUUUUAUUUAUUACGUUGAAUUUGAUAUAUUUUUUGUUAACAGUAAUUUAAAUAAUAAUAUACUAACUAUUAUUUAAAAAAUAUAUUUCAAAUUUAUUCCUACAAAUUAAUUUUAAAAAUUUAAUUUUCAUUUUCAUUUUAAUAUAAUUUUCACUAUUUAAAUUUAUAUUUAUAUCAAAUUUUUACAAAAAUAAAUUAAUAAUCAUUUAUUUUAUUAAUUAAAACAUUUUUUAACAUACCUAUUACAUCAUUUUCAAAGUAUUAAAAAAAAAUCUUUAAAAUUUUUCAAAUCCUAAUCCAAACAAUACCAAAAUUCCAUUUCCAUUUCCAUCUCCAAAGUCCAUUCACUCAAUUUCUCUCACAUUCACUCUCGGAUCUAAACACAAGUUUUCAUUUGGAUUAAGAUGUUAGCAAUUGGUGGUUAGAUUUUGGAAGAGUUCAAAUGGCGGUGGAGAGUGUAUGAUCCUUAAAAUUUAGGACACUGUUAUUAUUAUUAGUUUAGCUGUAAAAGCGUUUGCCUUGGCUGUCACUUGGCGGUGUCUCUCUUCCAAAAGGAAACAACAAAAUGAGAUAGGGUUUGUGCAGCUAACUCUGUCAAGUGCAAUGUUUCAGACUCUCUCUCACCAUGUCCCAAACUUAGGGGAGAGGGACCAACCGCGUCUCUUCCAACAAUAUCUAAUCUUUUUGUUUCUGGAUAAUAGCGAGCACCAUCUGUGAACUUUCUUAUUCACAAAAGCUACCCAACUGUGUCCAGCUUUGCUUUACAAAUUGCAUUUUGGCAUGCAGUGCCUCACAUUGUCCUCACCUCACCAACCAACAUACUUAUAAAUAACAUCAUCAACCAUUUUUCAUACACAUACUUAUCCAUUCAAUCACUACCAAUUGCUGAACAUCUUUCACUCACUACACACUAUAACUGCUUUUGGAGAUGGCUUUAACUUCUUCUUACAUGCUUUUAUUCCCCCUUCUAGUGAUGAUUGCCUUUGCUGGUGACUUCAACAAAGACUUUGAUCUCACUUGGGGAGAUGGCCGAGCCAAGAUACUAAACAAUGGAGAGUUGCUCACUCUGACACUGGACCAAGCGUCUGGUUCGGGAUUCCAAUCAAAGAAUGAGUAUCUCUUUGGGAAGAUUGACAUGCAGCUCAAGCUUGUCCCUGGAAACUCUGCUGGCACUGUCACCGCCUAUUAUUUAUCUUCAAAAGGAUCAACUUGGGAUGAGAUAGAUUAUGAAUUUCUGGGGAAUCUAAGCGGUGACCCCUACAUUCUUCACACAAACGUUUUCAGCCAAGGCAAAGGGAACAGGGAACAACAAUUCUAUCUAUGGUUUGAUCCAACUGCUGAUUUCCAUACUUACUCUAUCACGUGGAACCCCCAGCGGAUUAUAUUCUCCGUUGAUGGCACUCCCAUUAGAGAGUUCAAGAACUCAGAGGCUAUUGGGGUCCCCUUCCCAAAGAAUCAGCCCAUGAGGAUAUACUCGAGUUUGUGGAAUGCUGAUGACUGGGCAACAAGAGGUGGACUUGUGAAGACAGAUUGGACACAAGCUCCAUUCACAGCUUCCUACAGAAACUUCAAUGCUCAAGCUUGCAUAUGGUCUUCUGGAGCAUCGUCUUGUGGUUCGAGUGCUUCUGAAUCCACCAGUGGUUCUUCGUGGCUUUCGCAGGAGCUGGACUCUGCAGGCCAACAGAGGUUGAAAUGGGUGCAGAGGAACUACAUGAUAUACAACUAUUGCACAGAUGCGAAGCGUUUUCCACUGGGUUUUCCUCCCGAAUGCAACAUCUCUUGAGAGAAACACAAAGCGAUGCAUACUUUUAUCUUAUGUUCUUCUAGGAUCAGAGUGUCAUUCCUAUAUUUGUGUAUUUAUGUAGCUAUUAUACCUAAAUUCUUUCAUUUGUUCGUUCCCCUGGUGGUCUUCACUGUAUUAACAGCCAUUUUUAUAAUAGAAAAUACGUUCUUUUCUAUAA